AUGAAUGUUAAGAUGCACCAUAUAGCAAUAGAGAGAGUUGCAGCAAGGCACCGGCAGACUGAGAAGAGAAAGCGGGCUGCCGUAGCAAGGCGUGAGCACACCGAAGCAAGGCGUGAGCUCACUGCAGCAAGGCGUGAGCUCACUGCAGCAAGGCGUGAGCUCACUGCAGCAAGGCGUGAGCUCACUGCAGCAAGGCGUGAGCUCACUGCAGCAAGGCGUGAGCUCACUGCAGCAAGGCGUGAGCUCACUGCAGCAAGGCGUGAGCUCACUGCAGCAACGCGUGAGCUCACUGCAGCAACGUGUGAGCUCACUGCAGCAAGGCGUGAGCUCACUGCAGCAAGGCGUGAGCUCACUGCAGCAAGGCGUGAGCUCACUGCAGCAAGGCGUGAGCUCACUGCAGCAAGGCGUGAGCUCACUGCAGCAACGCGUGAGCUCACUGCAGCAAGGCGUGAGCUCACUGCAGCAAGGCGUGAGCUCACUGCAGCAAGGCGUGAGCUCACUGCAGCAAGGCGUGAGCUCACUGCAGCAAGGCGUGAGCUCACUGCAGCAAGGCGUGAGCUCACUGCAGCAACGCGUGAGCUCACUGCAGCAACGAGUGAGCUCACUGCAGCAAGGCGUGAGCUCACUGCAGCAACGCGUGAGCUCACUGCAGCAACGCGUGAGCUCACUGCAGCAAGGCGUGAGCUCACUGCAGCAACGCGUGAGCUCACUGCAGCAAGGCGUGAGCUCACUGCAGCAACGCGUGAGCUCACUGCAGCAAGGCGUGAGCUCACUGCAGCAAGGCGUGAGCUCACUGCAGCAAGGCGUGAGCUCACUGCAGCAAGGCGUGAGCUCACUGCAGCAAGGCGUGAGCUCACUGCAGCAAGGCGUGAGCUCACUGCAGCAAGGCGUGAGCUCACUGCAGCAAGGCGUGAGCUCACUGCAGCAAGGCGUGAGCUCACUGCAGCAAGGCGUGAGCUCACUGCAGCAAGGCGUGAGCUCACUGCAGCAACGCGUGAGCUCACUGCAGCAAGGCGUGAGCUCACUGCAGCAAGGCGUGAGCUCACUGCAGCAAGGCGUGAGCUCACUGCAGCAAGGCGUGAGCUCACUGCAGCAAGGCGUGAGCUCACUGCAGCAACGCGUGAGCUCACUGCAGCAAGGCGUGAGCUCACUGCAGCAAGGCGUGAGCUCACUGCAGCAACGCGUGAGCUCACUGCAGCAACGCGUGAGCUCACUGCAGCAAGGCGUGAGCUCACUGCAGCAACGCGUGAGCUCACUGCAGCAACGCGUGAGCUCACUGCAGCAAGGCGUGAGCUCACUGCAGCAACGCGUGAGCUCACUGCAGCAAGGCGUGAGCUCACUGCAGCAACGCGUGAGCUCACUGCAGCAACGCGUGAGCUCACUGCAGCAACGCGUGAGCUCACUGCAGCAAGGCGUGAGCUCACUGCAGCAAGGCGUGAGCUCACUGCAGCAAGGCGUGAGCUCACUGCAGCAAGGCGUGAGCUCACUGCAGCAAGGCGUGAGCUCACUGCAGCAAGGCGUGAGCUCACUGCAGCAACGCGUGAGCUCACUGCAGCAAGGCGUGAGCUCACUGCAGCAAGGCGUGAGCUCACUGCAGCAAGGCGUGAGCUCACUGCAGCAAGGCGUGAGCUCACUGCAGCAAGGCGUGAGCUCACUGCAGCAAGGCGUGAGCUCACUGCAGCAAGGCGUGAGCUCACUGCAGCAAGGCGUGAGCUCACUGCAGCAAGGCGUGAGCUCACUGCAGCAACGGCGCUCACUGCAGCAACGCGUGAGCUCACUGCAGCAAGGCGUGAGCUCACUGCAGCAAGGCGUGAGCUCACUGCAGCAACGCGUGAGCUCACUGCAGCAACGCGUGAGCUCACUGCAGCAAGGCGUGAGCUCACUGCAGCAAGGCGUGAGCUCACUGCAGCAAGGCGUGAGCUCACUGCAGCAAUGCGUGAGCUCACUGCAGCAAGGCGUGAGCUCACUGCAGCAACGCGUGAGCUCACUGCAGCAAGGCGUGAGCUCACUGUAGCAAGGCGUGAGCUCACUGCAGCAAGGCGUGAGCUCACUGCAGCAAGGCGUGAGCUCACUGCAGCAAGGCGUGAGCUCACUGCAGCAAGGCGUGAGCUCACUGCAGCAACGCGUGAGCACACGGAAGCAAGGCGUGAGCUCACUGCAGCAAGGCGUGAGCUCACUGCAGCAAGGCGUGAGCUCACUGCAGCAACGCGUGAGCUCACUACAGCAACGCGUGAGCUCACUGCAGCAAGGCGUGAGCUCACUGCAGCAAGGCGUGAGCUCACUGCAGCAACGCGUGAGCACACGGAAGCAAGGCGUGAGCUCACUGCAGCAAGGCGUGAGCUCACUGCAGCAAGGCGUGAGCUCACUGCAGCAAGGCGUGAGCUCACUGCAGCAAGGCGUGAGCUCACUGCAGCAACGCGUGAGCACACGGAAGCAAGGCGUGAGCUCACUGCAGCAAGGCGUGAGCUCACUGCAGCAAGGCGUGAGCUCACUGCAGCAACGCGUGAGCUCACUGCAGCAACGCGUGAGCUCACUGCAGCAAGGCGUGAGCUCACUGCAGCAACGCGUGAGCUCACUGCAGCAAUGCGUGAGCUCACUGCAGCAACGCGUGAGCUCACUGCAGCAAGGCGUGAGCUCACUGCAGCAACGCGUGAGCUCACUGCAGCAAGGCGUGAGCUCACUGCAGCAAGGCGUGAGCUCACUGCAGCAAGGCGUGAGCUCACUGCAGCAAGGCGUGAGCUCACUGCAGCAACGCGUGAGCACACGGAAGCAAGGCGUGAGCUCACUGCAGCAAGGCGUGAGCUCACUGCAGCAAGGCGUGAGCUCACUGCAGCAACGCGUGAGCUCACUGCAGCAAGGCGUGAGCUCACUGCAGCAAGGCGUGAGCUCACUGCAGCAAGGCGUGAGCUCACUGCAGCAAGGCGUGAGCUCACUGCAGCAACGCGUGAGCUCACUGCAGCAACGCUUGAGUUCACUGCAGCAAGGCGUGAGCUCACUGCAGCAAGGCGUGAGCUCACUGCAGCAACGCGUGAGCUCAUUGCAGCAACGCGUGAGCUCACUGCAGCAAGGCGUGAGCUCACUGCAUUAAGGCGUGAGCUCACUGCAGCAAGGCGUGAGCUCACUGCAGCAACGCGUGAGCUCACUGCAGCAACGCGUGAGCUCACUGCAGCAACGCGUGAGCUCACUGCAGCAAGGCGUGAGCUCACUGCAGCAACGCGUGAGCUCACUGCAGCAAUGCGUGAGCUCACUGCAGCAACGCGUGAGCUCACUGCAGCAACGCGUGAGCUCACUGCAGCAACGCGUGAGCUCACUGCAGCAAGGCGUGAGCUCACUGCAGCAACGCGUGAGCUCACUGCAGCAACGCGUGAGCUCACUGCAGCAACGCGUGAGCUCACUGCAGCAAGGCGUGAGCUCACUGCAGCAAGGCGUGAGCUCACUGCAGCAAGGCGUGAGCUCACUGCAGCAACGCGUGAGCUCACUGCAGCAACGCGUGAGCUCACUGCAGCAACGCGUGAGCUCACUGCAGCAAGGCGUGAGCUCACUGCAGCAAGGCGUGAGCUCACUGCAGCAAGGCGUGAGCUCACUACAGCAACGCGUGAGCUCACUGCAGCAAGGCGUGAGCUCACUGCAGCAAGGCGUGAGCUCACUGCAGCAAGGCGUGAGCUCACUGCAGCAACGCGUGAGCACACGGAAGCAAGGCGUGAGCUCACUGCAGCAAGGCGUGAGCUCACUGCAGCAAGGCGUGAGCUCACUGCAGCAAGGCGUGAGCUCACUGCAGCAAGGCGUGAGCUCACUGCAGCAACGCGUGAGCACACGGAAGCAAGGCGUGAGCUCACUGCAGCAAGGCGUGAGCUCACUGCAGCAAGGCGUGAGCUCACUGCAGCAAGGCGUGAGCUCACUGCAGCAACGCGUGAGCUCACUGCAGCAAGGCGUGAGCUCACUGCAGCAAGGCGUGAGCUCACUGCAGCAACGCGUGAGCUCACUGCAGCAACGCGUGAGCUCACUGCAGCAACGCGUGAGCUCACUGCAGCAAGGCUUGAGCUCACUGCAGCAACGCGUGAGCUCACUGCAGCAACGCGUGAGCUCACUGCAGCAAUGCGUGAGCUCACUGCAGCAAGGCGUGAGCUCACUGCAGCAACGCGUGAGCUCACUGCAGCAACGCGUGAGCUCACUGCAGCAAGGCGUGAGCUCACUGCAGCAAGGCGUGAGCUCACUGCAGCAAGGCGUGAGCUCACUGCAGCAACGCGUGAGCUCACUGCAGCAACGCGUGAGCUCACUGCAGCAACGCGUGAGCUCACUGCAGCAAGGCGUGAGCUCACUGCAGCAAGGCGUGAGCUCACUGCAGCAAGGCGUGAGCUCACUACAGCAACGCGUGAGCUCACUGCAGCAAGGCGUGAGCUCACUGCAGCAAGGCGUGAGCUCACUGCAGCAAGGCGUGAGCUCACUGCAGCAACGCGUGAGCACACGGAAGCAAGGCGUGAGCUCACUGCAGCAAGGCGUGAGCUCACUGCAGCAAGGCGUGAGCUCACUGCAGCAAGGCGUGAGCUCACUGCAGCAAGGCGUGAGCUCACUGCAGCAACGCGUGAGCACACGGAAGCAAGGCGUGAGCUCACUGCAGCAAGGCGUGAGCUCACUGCAGCAAGGCGUGAGCUCACUGCAGCAAGGCGUGAGCUCACUGCAGCAACGCGUGAGCUCACUGCAGCAAGGCGUGAGCUCACUGCAGCAAGGCGUGAGCUCACUGCAGCAACGCGUGAGCUCACUGCAGCAACGCGUGAGCUCACUGCAGCAACGCGUGAGCUCACUGCAGCAAGGCUUGAGCUCACUGCAGCAACGCGUGAGCUCACUGCAGCAACGCGUGAGCUCACUGCAGCAAUGCGUGAGCUCACUGCAGCAAGGCGUGAGCUCACUGCAGCAACGCGUGAGCUCACUGCAGCAACGCGUGAGCUCACUGCAGCAAGGCGUGAGCUCACUGCAGCAAGGCGUGAGCUCACUGCAGCAAGGCGUGAGCUCACUGCAGCAAGGCGUGAGCUCACUGCAGCAAGGCGUGAGCUCACUGCAGCAAGGCGUGAGCUCACUGCAGCAAGGCGUGAGCUCACUGCAGCAACGCGUGAGCUCACUGCAGCAAGGCGUGAGCUCACUGCAGCAAGGCGUGAGCUCACUGCAGCAACGCGUGAGCUCACUGCAGCAAAGCGUGAGCUCACUGCAGCAAGGCGUGAGCUCACUGCAGCAACGCGUGAGCUCACUGCAGCAACGCGUGAGCUCACUGCAGCAAGGCGUGAGCUCACUGCAGCAACGCGUGAGCUCACUGCAGCAAGGCGUGAGCUCACUGCAGCAACGCGUGAGCUCACUGCAGCAACGCGUGAGCUCACUGCAGCAAGGCGUGAGCUCACUGCAGCAAUGCGUGAGCUCACUGCAGCAACGCGUGAGCUCACUGCAGCAAGGCGUGAGCUCACUGCAGCAACGCGUGAGCUCACUGCAGCAAGGCGUGAGCUCACUGCGGCAAGGCGUGAGCUCACUGCAGCAACGCGUGAGCUCACUGCAGCAACGCGUGAGCUCACUGCAGCAAGGCGUGAGCUCACUGCAGCAACGCGUGAGCUCACUGCAGCAAUGCGUGAGCUCACUGCAGCAACGCGUGAGCUCACUGCAGCAACGCGUGAGCUCACUGCAGCAACGCGUGAGCUCACUGCAGCAAGGCGUGAGCUCACUGCAGCAAGGCGUGAGCUCACUGCAGCAACGCGUGAGCUCACUGCAGCAACGCGUGAGCACACGGAAGCAAGGCGUGAGCUCACUGCAGCAAGGCGUGAGCUCUCUGCAGCAAGGCGUGAGCUCACUGCAGCAACGCGUGAGCUCACUACAGCAACGCGUGAGCUCACUGCAGCAAGGCGUGAGCUCACUGCAGCAAGGCGUGAGCUCACUGCAGCAAGGCGUGAGCUCACUGCAGCAACGCGUGAGCACACGGAAGCAAGGCGUGAGCUCACUGCAGCAAGGCGUGAGCUCACUGCAGCAAGGCGUGAGCUCACUGCAGCAACGCGUGAGCUCACUGCAGCAAGGCGUGAGCUCACUGCAGCAACGCGUGAGCUCACUGCAGCAACGCGUGAGCUCACUGCAGCAAGGCGUGAGCUCACUGCAGCAAGGCGUGAGCUCACUGCAGCAAGGCGUGAGCUCACUGCAGCAAGGCGUGAGCUCACUGCAGCAAGGCGUGAGCUCACUGCAGCAACGCGUGAGCUCACUGCAGCAAGGCGUGAGCUCACUGCAGCAAGGCGUGAGCUCACUGCAGCAACGCGUGAGCUCACUGCAGCAACGCGUGAGCUCACUGCAGCAACGCGUGAGCUCACUGCAGCAAGGCUUGAGCUCACUGCAGCAACGCGUGAGCUCACUGCAGCAACGCGUGAGCUCACUGCAGCAAUGCGUGAGCUCACUGCAGCAAGGCGUGAGCUCACUGCAGCAACGCAUGAGGUCACUGCAGCAACGCGUGAGCUCACUGCAGCAAGGCGUGAGCUCACUGCAGCAAGGCGUGAGCUCACUGCAGCAAGGCGUGAGCUCACUGCAGCAACGCGUGAGCUCACUGCAGCAAGGCGUGAGCUCACUGCAGCAACGCGUGAGCUCACUGCAGCAACGCGUGAGCUCACUGCAGCAAGGCGCGAGCUCACUGCAGCAAUGCGUGUGCGUGCGCAAGCGCAAUAA